AGCCCGGGGUUUCUCGACGAGGCCUGGCCCCGUGCAGAUGGCAUUCAUGCAGAACAAGGUCGUGACGGAGGAUAAGAAGGCGCAGGUGGGGUCGAAGGGGAAAGCUUCCACGCUGGCCAUGGUCGUGCAGCAGGACAAGGCGAAAAGCAAAAAGCAGCAGGCUAAAGCCGCGGCUUCGACGAAGGCGACGCAAGGGAAAAAGGUACUUUUAUUUGUUCAACUCCUCGUCCGCGUCUCUCUGUCUGUCGUGUGAAAGAGUGGGUCCUGGACCCCCUCCUGUCCCGCACUAAUUUCAUAUUUCUGUCCUGUUCAGAUUGCGAGUAGAUAUAAUUUUGCGCCAGCACUUUCGUGAUGUUAAUGUUAAUGUAAACCAGGUCCAGGACCUCCAGGACGCGGCAUGUACAACUGAUCUGUCGUGGGGUAAGUACUUCAAACAACUAUAUUCGACGGCGGACUGCUGCCACGGUCAGCUCUACUGUACACCAAGUGUCUUUGGGGUGUCGGGCAGACCGGGGAGCGAGCAACAACACUACACAUGUGUACGUCAAUACGACGCGCCCCUCACAACGGUAUGUGACGGAGCGGGUCAUUUUCCAGUCCGUUCGGGCGGACGAAUUGUGUCUCCGUCGGUGGACCGGCUGGGUUCCACGGCCUCCAGCGCCCCCCAUCUUCAUGUUGAUUAUGCGGAGAAUAGACCGCGGCGGCCCUGUUGUGAGUGUAGCUGUGUUUAA